AUGGCAGAUUCACAGUCAGCGACAACGGCCUCCAAGGCGCGCACCAGCAGCAUGUCGCAAGCAUCAGAGACCUCUCAGACAGCAGCAGACUUCAUAAAAGAGCAACUCAAUCUCGAGAAAGAAGCACGCGAAGCGCUCCCAUAUGUCAGUACAUUUGCCAUACCGAAUAAGUUCUGUGGCUGUAGUCAAGAAUACGAUCCCGACCAAGAGAAGGGCACCAUGUUCCAAUGUCUGGGCCUUGGGAGUUGCAAUGAUGGUGGCUGUGGUGAGGAUUGGUGGCAUCCCGAGUGUUUGGUUGGCUUCACGCGGGAGGAGUUUAGCAAGAUGAUCGAGAAGCCCAAGGCUAAAGAGUCGAACGGCGCAACCGAUGCGAUGGAUGUGGAUAAGCCUGCUACGGAAAAAACGAAGGUUGAAGAAAACCAAGAAGCAAUGGCACCACCAGGUCAAACAUCUAUCACAGCUGCAGUUGAAAACGGCAACGGUGUCGAUGGGAAUGACCUUGCAGCAGAUGGCGUCGAAGAAGAAGAUGACGACCCGCCACUACCUCCAGGUUUCCCUGCUGAAGAAGACUUUGACCACUUCAUCUGUUACAAGUGCGUUGCGGCAAAUCCAUGGAUCAAGAAGUACGCCGGCUCAACAGGAUUCCUCCCGCCCAUCUACCACUCCUCAGCCUGGGCCGUUGCACAAGCAGCAAAACCCAUUACUUUAGACCCCGAGCCCACAACCAGCGACUCCAAGAAACGCAAAGCCACUGACGAAGACGAAACUCAGCAAACACCCUCAACCCUUGCAGCCCCAGCACCGGCUAAGCGACAAAGGUCCGAAGACCCCAGUGGUGCUCUAAAUAACAUCCCAGAGAGCGCAACCGCAACCCCGAACAAACCGGAGGAAACCCCAGAACCCCCCAAACACACCACCCUCCCUCCCCUCCCCCCACAAGCCCACACAACCCCCUUCUCCCUCUUCCUUAAACCCUCCUUCCGCAACCAUCUCUGCCACUGUAACACAUGCUACCCCCUUCUAAAACCGCACACCCAACUCCUCGAAGAAGAAGAAACCUACGAGCCCCCGUCUCCGCUCUGCGACGACACAACGACGCGAAGGCGCCCAAUCGUCGGCACAGGCAGUAUCUUAGACCGUGGCGAAGCAGCUUUCAAUAAUAUGGAUCGCGUGCGCGCUAUCCAGGGCGCCAUGGCGUAUGCGCAUUUGAAGGACAAGGUGGCGGCGUUUUUGAAGCCGUUUGCGGAGAGUGGGACGCCCGUUGGGGCCGAGGAUGUCAAGGCGUAUUUUGAGAAGUUGAGGGGCGAUGAGAAGGGGAUUGCGGAGGCGAAGGGGGGUGCGAGGAGGGAGGGUGAUGGUGGUGGUGGUGGGGAGGAUGGAGAGGGCGGGAGGAAGGAGCAGAGCGGAUAUUGA